GCUGUUAUUUGAUUAUCACAAGGCAACUUUGGAAACGUGUAAAAUUACAGCUGCGGUUUCAAUAUAUAUAAUUACGAGCUUUGACGAGAGUCCUGAACGCAGCACCUAAAGUUGAACCUGUCAACAAGAAGUAGUUCUCCUGUCAACAAAAAAAGUUCUCAAGUACUUCAUGGCGUCUUAUAGUUCGCCUUUUCUUUAAAAUGUGAGUGAAAAUAUCCGAGAGGAAGACGCAGGUGAAAACCACAGGUGUAAUCGUAGCGCGGACACACAACAUUAAGGUAAUGUCGGCGUUGGAUAGGCCAGCGAAAGAGCUGACGGUGUUGGACGUGUAUGACAUCGCGGCAGUGCUAGCUCAGGAGUUCGAGCGGACCAUCGACAGGUUCGGCUGCGAGUCUCUGGUCGGUGUGGUGCCGAAGGUGGUGCGUGUUCUGGAGCUGCUGGAGAAGCUGGUGAGCCACGGGGCCGCCGGGCAGCAGGCCGACGACGAGCUGCAGAGGGAGUUGCUCCGUCUGCGGCAGGAGCGCAGCGACAGGCACGCUCACGAAAGGAAGCACCACCAGGAGUUGGAGCAGGUGGAGGAUGUGUGGCGGGCAGAGGUGCAGGAGCUUCUCUCGCAGGUCACUCGGCUUCAGGCGGAGAACAAGAAGCUUGUGGUGAGCCUCUCGUUCGGUGAAGCUCCGGUGGCUGAAGAAGACGUGGAGAGGCACGAGGGUACGUCGGAGGAGGAAAGGCAAGUGACGAAGAACCUGAAAGACUUGGUGGACAAACAGCGGGAUGAAAUCCGGGCUAAAGACCACGAGCUGAUCCUGAAAAAUGACGACAUCGAGGCGCUCCAGACGCAGCAGCAUCGCCUGAUCAGGAUCAACCAGGAUCUGCGUCACAGGUUGGGUGUGAUGGAGGCGCAGAGCAAGGCGGUCAUGCAGCAGCGGGCCCAGCUGGAAGCGGCGGCGCAGGCCCGUCAGCAGGAGCUGCUCGCACUGCAGGUGGAGGCGAGGCAUCUGAGGACGGAGCUGCGAGAGUGGGAGCUGGAGAGAGAAGUAGUGAAGAUGGAGAAGAGCUGCUUUUCCUCCACGUGCGCCUCGACCUGGUCUCCAUCGCCACGGUCGGCCAACGUGGCGCCGUCCGACGAUGCGGUGAAGCCGAGUUCGGUGUGGGCGGAGUGUGGAGGAGAUGCUGGCUGCUUGGAAAUUCACCACAGUUCCUCCUCCAUCAUGAGCUCACCCGGGGCAGAAAGAAAUGGCGGCACGAGUGACCGAGAGGACGACGUGUCGGCGCUGCUGCUGGCGGAGGCCGAGGGGGAGACCGGCAGCCUGGAGCAGGAGUCGGACCGAGCUCCUUGCUUCACCCUGCAGGAGCUCCGUGAUGUCCUGUACGAGAGAAAUGAACUCAAGUCUCAAGUGUUCCUCCUGCAGGAAGAACUGGCCUAUUAUAAAAGCGAGGAGUUUGAGGAGGAUGGGCAUGUUGUUGGUGCUUCCUCAUCUUCACCGUCGCCUCCUCCACCAUGCGGCGCCUCCUCUGAUCAGCCCGAAUCGGGAAUUCGACGCCUGAUCUUCACUGCCAUCAUGCCCAUGGUUGCCGCCGGUUUAAUCGCAGACGAUCCCACAUUGUUGCCCAUCCGGCGCCUUGUUUCUUUAGUAUGACCUUCAAGUUAAAUCAUUCUCUUCAAAUGUUUUUUACAAAUGAAUGUUUAAUUGAUAUUUUAAGCAAAUCUGUAUUUAUAUUUAGGUGUUUAUGUCAUGGUGACAUCGUAUGUUAUGAUUAUGUCACCAUUAUGUCAUCUUAUCUGUUGCUAUAGACGCGCUUCAUGAACAGUAAGGGAGCUUUGUAUAAGUAUGCACUUGUUUUGCAUUUUGAGCUCUUGGCUCUUAAAUGAACAACGAAAUGAAGCCAAAUACCAAAACAUGUGCAAGCAGGCGACACAAUCACCUGUGAAAUAUUUGUUUAAUGUCGUAAUAAAGCCUUAUUUUCCA